AUGGAAGAGAGUUUGCCUCGCCUCGAGGAUCGCCAGCUCACCUCGCUUGAGCCGAUAGAAGAGAUUAACGUGGGCACUGAAGAGGAGCCCCGCACCCUAAAGAUCGGCACGAGCCUCGACCCAACACAACGGGCUCGAAUGAUCGAUUUCCUGACCAGUGUGGAGCUUUCCCAUGGCCUCGUAGAGAAGUUGCUCCACCGGUUUCGGGAUGCCUGGAAAUCGGCAUUGGGUGUGUUCCGAUGGGCUGAAUCGCGUUCGAGCUUCUGUCACGUCCCGAAAGCGUACGAUGCGAUUGUUGACAUACUGGGAAAGAGCAAGCAGAUGGAGAGAAUGAGGGGAAUGUUAGAUGAGAUGCUAAAACGCGGUUUUGUGAAUCUCAACACAGUGAGCAAGGUCAUGAGAAGGUUUGCUGGUGCAGGACUUUGGAGGGAUGCCGUCUGGAUAUUCGAUGAGCUGGAGAAUCUCGGGUUGGAGAAGAACAUCGAGACGAUGAACUUGUUGCUUGAUACGCUCUGCAAAGAGGGCAAGGUCGAGCAGGCUCACGAGAUAUUCUUGGCACUUAAGCCUCAUAUCCCCCCAGAUGCUUACACAUUUAACAUAUUCAUCCAUGGAUGGUGCAAGCUCGAUCGGGUAGAUGAGGCUCUAUGGACAAUCCAAGAGAUGAAGGGGCAUGGUACCCAGGCCUGCGUGAUCAGCUACUCCAUCAUAAUCCGCUGUUAUUGCUGCCUGCAUGACUUCGUUAAAGUCUAUGAAUUGUUCGACGAAAUGCACGGCCAAGGGUCCCCCCCAAACAUUGCCACUUACUCGACGGUCAUGAAUUAUCUCAUUGUGUUUGAGAUCUUCCAACUGCAUUUUAUGCUGGGAUUUGAUGUGUGAGGGAUGCAUGGUUAAUGACUCUUGACAUCGUUAAGUGAUUUUUUUGAUGCCUUGGUAUGCAUUUACUUCGCAUAGUAUGUUAUCAUACCCAACUUGCGUGUUCUUGAGGCUAGUUCAGACCAUACAGAACUUGUCAGUGCAUAUGCUAUACAUUCCGAAGUAUCAUUUUGAGUUCUUGUAAUCAGAUGUGCUAAUUGACUCUUUUCAUUGUGCAGUUUGUAAUUGCCUCUUUGGCUGGCUGGGGUGUUCUCAUUGUUGGGGGAUACAAAUUCUUUACUAGAGGCAAAGGCAAGAACGAAGAGAAUCCGGCGGGAGCAUCUCACUGAAGUUUGGACAAGUAGCUUGUAUCUGUCUUCAAUUUUUCCUGGAAAUAAGAUUCCUGCACGGACUUCUUGUGUCAGAUUGAGUUAUCUUUCCUUGUACGGUGAACAAUUUGACGGUCACCCGAUUAGUGUUGUGAUCCACUCUUGCUGAAUGAAUUUUGGAGGCACUUUGCAAAAGUUGCAUAUCAUUUAAGGCCUUUUUCACUGUCUGUGCACCAUUACUGCAAUUUGAUGCACGAACUCCUGUUCCCAAUAAAUCAGUUCAAUGCUGUAA